AUGCCUUUUUCUUCCAAGUCUUCCAAGUCUUCCAAGUCCUCCAAGUCCUCCAGGAGCAGCUCUCUCUCUAGCAAUGCCAGCCAUGGUAGUGAGAAAACGCACACUUUGAGCGUUAACAUCUACGGAAGAGGUGAUCCGGCCAUGAACGACCCUCCUGCCCACUGGGGGGCCAUGAUUCAUAAAACCGGUGAACAAUCUGGUGACCUCUACCAUGUCCGCAAGAACAAAGACUUCUACUACCAUCCCCAACAACGUCCUGUGGAGUCAACUACCACCUACGGCAGAAGCGACAUCACCCGGCUGUCCAACUCUGGCAGAAUGCGGGCCGCGCAGGUGCUAGAUUCCUACGGUAACAACAAUUCGAACUUGCCCCGAGGAAACCAAAAUUGCCAAGAUUGGACUGUUGGGGCUCUAGGCUCACUUGAACGACAGAACCUUGCCCCAAAGGGAACAGAGGGGUAUUGGAAAGGAAAUAUUGGGAAGGCAUCCGAAGAUAUCGGAGCCCAGUUGACUAAAGAUGGCAUGUCUUGGGUCCCCAAGUCGAACGUGCAGCCACCCCGUCAGGCGCCCGCUGAUGCGACGUUCGGCCAGAGUCAGCAAGUCAGGCCCGUAGGCCGGCUGAAUCUCGACAAAUUCGCCAAUCUCAGUGGUGGAGCAAAAAAGCGUACUUAG